CUUUUUCUCGUGGGUGCAGCUAGUUUAGUCUGAAAUUAUCCAAACUCCAAAACCAUCAGUGCAGUUUGCAUGGCAACGUAUAAUUCAUAACCACGUUGUUUUUCUCAUUUCUAUGAGGAGCUGAAUCUCUAAGUAAAAGCUGGGAGUGAGUUAACUUUAGCAAACAGGAGCAUAGUAGCUUAGUUAGCUUAGUUAACUUAGUUAGCGCGACGAGCUAGUUAGCGUGAGAGCUCAUUUUGACAGUCAUGUCGUCGGAAGCUGUUCUCACUGUGCGCCUGGUUCGCUCUUUUGAACAUCGCAACUUCAAGCCAGUGGUGUUCCGAGCUGUGAAUUUAGAUCAGAAAGUCGAGGAGUUUAUUGCUUUUGUAAAGAAAGACAUUUCUGCCAGACAAGGUUUGCCUCCCCCUUUUAAGAAAUAUGAUUAUGACACCAUGAAGAUCAUUCAUCAAGCACAUGGAGCAAAGACUAAUGAACUGGUGAUGAGUUUAGAGGAUGACGAAAAGCUCAUUCUGCACAAUGGCCUCGAUUUACGAGCAUGUGGUCCAAUGAAACAGAGCUGGCCUUCUUCAAGAUGAGUGACUAUGAAAAGUACAAGGCUAAUCCCCAGACUGUGUGGUGAGACACAGGAAAGUGACGUGUGUGAGGGAAUCCUGAUGUGUUUUUAUUUAGUGGAAGCACUGCAACAUCCUGAACAGCUUCAUGGCUCCCUGUGUUUACAUUGUCCAGGAUCAGCCAGACCAAAAAUGCUGUUUUAAUUUCACUCCAGUUUCUUCAAAUCAGUUUAAAAAAAUUCACAUUGUCAGCAGAUUUUAUUUUAAACAGACAUGAUUUAAGGUUCCAUAAGUUGGACAAAUUUAACAGAGGACUGUUUUUGUAUAGCUUGCACCAUUUCACAGAAAUGUAUGCACUGGCACAUACAUUAACAUUAUUUACCAUUACAAAAAAAAACAA